GCAAGCAGGCCGGAAGAAAAAGAAAAAAAUAGGCCGGUCCAACUCGAUCGCCAUGUCGAAAUUAUUGUACAGUCGAGAUUGAGCUUCCAUUUCCAACGACACUCGCAAAGUCGCACGCCAUGCCCGUCUAUCCUCUUCGAUUCCUGAUUCCACAGUGUCUCAAAACCCCACCUUCACGCCUCCAGCUACCACAACCAAAACGACUCUCUCUGCUUUGCCUUCCCACCUGCUCUGCGUUACCUUCUUCGCCGCCCACCGCCACGCAAAACCCACCUCCGCCGCCUGCAAACGGUACGGUUCAUCUGCCCGCCGUUAAAUGGACGCCUUUCCGCAAAAAGAAAGUCGUAAUGCGAGUCGGUUACGUCGGCUCCGGCUACAGAGGUCUGCAAAUGCAGAGAGAUGAAAACGCGCUGUCCACCACUGCAGGCGGGAAUUUGCUAAAGCACUACAUUUUUAAUGUAGCAAUAGAAAGAGAGUUGGAAACUGCAAUUUUUGAAGCUGGAGGCAUCCGUGAUAGUAACUUUGGGGAUUUAGACAAAAUUGGGUGGGCAAGAAGUAGCAGAACUGAUAAAGGAGUGCACUCCUUGGCAACCAUGAUAACCUUAAAAAUGGAAAUUCCUGAAAAUGCAUGGAAGGAAGACCCUUAUGGCAUUGCUCUUGCUAAUCAUAUCAACUCUCGCCUUCCUGCCAAUAUCAAAGUUUUCAGCAUUUUGCCUUCCCGAAGGAGCUUUGAUGCUAGAAGGGAAUGUAAAAUUCGCAAGUAUUCAUACUUCCUUCCUGUUGAAGUUGUUGGGAUAAAAGAUUGCUUUACUGCAGCUGAAAUUGAUUAUCAUCUAUCAGAACUCAAUGAUAUAUUGAAUGUCUUUGAGGGUGAACAUCCUUUUCACAAUUACACAAUACGAGCUAAGUAUAGGAAACAUUUAUCCAGAAAGGAUAGAAGAUCAAGAAACUCCAAUUCGCAUGGAAGUGAUGGAGAAGAAUUUAUUGGGGCAGAUGAUUUGGCUGUUAGUGAUGCUGAGCAGAAUAAUCAUAGUUCAUCUCAAUCCAUGAUUUUCGACAACUAUACAGCUGAAAGUUGUGAUGAGAGUGGGAUUGAUUUGAAGGAUCGGAAUCUCCUUUUAGCCAGAUGGUUGCAUGAACCUGAUGAAAAAGACCGACUCAGUGCAGCCCAUUUCAGAAAGAUUUUCCGCUGUUCUUGUGGAAAGCUGGAGCAGCUGAUUGGAAAUAAUUAUGUGGAAAUCUCCGUAUUUGGAGAGUCAUUCAUGUUGCAUCAAAUCCGCAAGAUGGUUGGGACUGCUGUGGCAGUAAAGCGAAAAUUACUCCCUAGAGACAUUGUAGGAUUGUCACUGUCCAAGUUCUCGAGGAUUGUUCUACCACUUGCACCAUCUGAAGUACUGAUUUUGAGGGGAAAUAAUUUUGAGUUGCAAAACCAAUCUGGCAACAUAACCAGGCCUGAAAUGCACAUGUUGGUUGAAUCGGAAGAAAUACUGAAGGCGGUAGAUGAGUUCUACCAUUCUGUAAUGUUGCCUGAAGUCUCAAAAUUUUUGGAUCCUUCAAAAUCUCCUUGGAAGGAAUGGGUUGACAUAUUAGAUGCAAAUACACGCAUUCCAGAAGCAGAAUUGGAUGAAGUUAGGAAUGCUUGGAUAUUGUCAAAGGGAAAAUUUCAGACUAGUAAAACCACUGAUGAAAGUUGUGGAUGAAUGAGCCUCGUACGAUUUACGUCGAGACUUGAGAGCAACUCACCUGACAACGAGAUCGGUACCCUUUGCACUUUGAGGAAGUGAAGUCAUGUUUUGAAGGGUGUUUCUGAGAAUAUACCAAAAGGUUUUGUGGAACUUAUACUUGCAAUGGGAUCAACUGAUCAAGUAUCAACAAGGAACUUCUGAGAAAUUUAGCAGAAAACUGGAAUCAAUUAUCAGCAUCAAGUUCACGCCGCAAAUUGGACCUGUGUCCGUGAAAGUGAGCCAUUUGCAAAAGACCCUGCGCCAUGAACUUGACGCGAACAGAGCCAUUCAUCCUACAAAGGCCGCCAAACAAUUUGUAUUAUUUGUUGCGCGUUUAACCAAUCACUUCUAUAAACAUCAAUCUCCAUUUAGAAAUACAAAUGUAUAGACAGAUGAGUCUGGCCAGUAAGUCGAACUUUUAACUUCUGUGUCCAAAGGUACGGCAUUAUCAAGUGGUACCCUAAAUUGAAAGUGAUUGCUUUCGUCAGUGACA